CCAGCCAAGUUCACAUGGGACCAGCUCAAGACCUUCGUGAAUUCCGGGUACUUAUACUUUAUCGUCAAUACGAACAAGGCCGACGACGCUGACUCUGGGACGUCGCUUAAGGGAUCUCGGGCUGGUUAAACGUGACAGGGCACAACACAAGAGAUAUAAAGCAUGGUCCUUAGGGAUUGUGAAAGAACACGGUUCAAUGGUGAACUACCUUAUCAACCACCGUCUCCAAUGGGGAAAGCCAGAUACCCUUUCACUAUUACCCUCAGCACUCAAUAACGAUACCAGAUUCAAGGACGUACCCAUCUCACCAUCUAAAUCCGAUCGGCCACUCCCGGCGCUUCCCCCAGACGCACCUGAAUAUUUUAAAGCUGAUAUGCCGUUCGACUCAGAGUUGAUCAGCAUCAUUCAGAAUGACUGGCCUUACCCCGUCCCUAUCGAGAUUGAACACACGCUCAUCUGGUCGCGAGUGCCUAUACUCCAUCCGGAUCUCAUCCCAGCGGAAAUCCAUGCACGGAUACAACAGGAUGGGCUGUGUGGGUUUACGGGCAACGACGAACCUCCACCCUCACCGUCCACCCUGCCGCAAUGUCUGCCUUCGCUGGCGGAGUGGGGAAUUACAAUGGAGAAUCUAAUUCGCAGCCCAAAAAGCAAUCCAGAAAUCGAAGAGUUGGUGAGGAAUGCUGGAAGGGAAAUAAAUGGUUUUGUGAAACGAAGAUGGGUGGAGAGCGAGUGGGAAACCGCAUGGUUUGUCAAUCCCCCAAGGAAACAAAGUGUUCGCGAUCUAGCGCAUAUUCACGUAUUUGCGAAGAAGAAACAAAUUUGAAAUAGACCAAUAUUAGACAUACUCGUACAACUUUAUCGUUUGUGGUCUUUGGGAAUAACUUUCAUUUUGUCUAAC